AAGAACAUGAAAAUGGUCGCCAAAAUUAUUGUAGCUAUUAUGGCAUUCUGUGCAGUGUCCAGUGCAGACACCACUCAGUUCGGAUAUGCUCCUGACGAACCAAUAGGAUCAAUCCAAGACCUCACUGAACACGCUGAAGAUCAAAUUCAGCAGUUAGGAAGCAACUUCAAGCGUCUGGUAACGAAGACUGAAAACGAUGGCAGUCAACUGCUUCAGGCUUUGCAGAUCCAGAGCAACGACCCGGAAGGUCUUCUGGCUCUGGUAACAGAAGCCAAACUUGCUAUCGCCGCCAUAAAACCUCCGGACAUCGACGUAUCUGCCUGCGAGGAUGGUAACGACCAGAAGUACCAAGCCAUGAUCCAGGAGGCGGCAACAGGCAUCCCGAUCUGUCUUCAGAAUGCAUCUCUUGUUCUGCAGCCGUACCAUCUGAAUCUGAAGCAGAUGCUUCAGGAAGCCAAGAGUCGCUCUCAGAUCGCUCUUGGUAACGUGACGGCCUGUGACAACGAGUACAAAGCAGUGAAAGCUUUGUCAUCUUGUCUGAAUGUCGUUGGCUACGAGGUGCUCGUUGGCAGAGAUAUAUUGAUGGCUGGUAUCCUGGGUGAGAUGGCUGACUUCAAAGCCAACAUUCCCAAACUCACUGCGGACUUCACAGUAUGCACAAACAAUGUCCAGGAUAAAGCCAUCAACGAGUCCGUUAAUAUUAUCCAGGCAUCCAGAGAGUGCAUACGUGCUAAGGUCGACAGCACAGACUAAAAUUCUUCUGUUCAAGGUGCUGAAAAGACUACGAUUCAGCAAUAUAUGCAUGUUCUUAAUUAGUUUCACCUCUUAAACAACACGGAAGAAAAUUAUACAUGUACGUGAAUUCCAUUAAAAUAAUACACGAACAUUACAGCGUU